GCCAACUUUCUUCACUUCUCUCUCUAAAACCCCACUCUUUCUCUCUCUAACAUUUUAAUUUCCCCUAUAUAUUAUUGUUUGCCUUACUCAUUACCAUCCCCCCUCUCUCUCUCUCUCUCUAUCUUUUUACUUCUCUCUCUACAAAAGUCAGCGCCUUCUUUUGUCUUCUCUCUAAAACAUUAGUUACAGAAUUCGAAAGGUACAGAUUCACACACAGACAGACAUUGUUUUCUUGGUCUGAAACCAUGGAUGAUGACUGGGAUCUUCAGGCUGUGGUCAGAAGUUGCACCACCGCUGCUUCCUCCUCCUCAACCACCACCAGCGCCGCCGUGGCGGCUUCUGGUUUCCCGAAGAAAGGAGGGUUUUAUAGCUUUUCUUGUUUGGGGAGUGAAUCUGCAGCUUCUGGGUCUCUUUUUAGUACUUCGGAUCCUUUUGAAACAAGAAAUGUUAACGUUGUCGGAGAAUUACACGAGCUUUUUAAACCGUUUUAUCCGAAAUCUCAUCAUCAGAUCAGUAAUAUUAUUACCACUUCUACUGCUUCGUCUUCUUCCUCUCUGUACUCUCCACAAAGUGCACCGAUUUCUCCUAUUGUUUCUAAAGAAUUUACGCAGAUUAAACAGCUACAACAGAAUAAACAGACUCUUACUGCUAAUUCUGUGAAUUCUAGUGCAAAUUCUCAUGCUCCUCGAUCUAAAAGAAGGAAGAAUCAGUUAAAGAAAAUAUGUCAGGUUCCGGCAGAGGCUCUUUCUUCUGAUGUAUGGGCUUGGAGAAAAUACGGGCAAAAACCCAUUAAAGGCUCUCCAUAUCCAAGGGGAUAUUACAGAUGUAGUAGUUCAAAGGGUUGUUUGGCCCGGAAACAAGUGGAGCGAAACAGAUCCGACCCGGGAAUGUUCAUAGUAACGUACACAGGGGAGCACAACCACCCAGCACCCACCCACAGAAACUCUCUCGCCGGAAGCACCAGGCAAAAAACCACCGCCUCACAAACUGCAACCGCCAGUGACUCUAACCAGCCAUCUCCGGCGAAGCCCACGUGCUCCUCUCCGGCCAUCUCUUUAGACGAUGAGCUUUUACCACAGAGCACAAAUACUGAUCAAAGCAGAGAAGAAAAAGAUACAAUGGAAGAUGACGACGACGAUGAGUUUGGUGGGUUCUCCGACAUGGCCGUCGGAGAUGAUUUCUUUUCCGGUUUGGAUGAGCUUGCUUAUCCCGACGCCGGUGACCGGUUCGGUGAUCAUUUCGGUGUGAAUUUUGGUCUGCCUUGGAUAGCUAACAAUGCUGCCACUGCAGCUAGUAGUCUUUAAAAUAGAAAAAUUAUUUUUUUGUUUUAAUUUGUUUUUUUGAUUAUAGUUUUUUUAUUUUUAUGUAUACACUCACUUGUAUUAUUUUGGAAGUAGAAUCUUUAAAGGCAUCAAUAUGUGAGAUGGGUUGUAGAGUUAGAAAAAGGAAAUUCCAUUUCUUAAAAUUGUACUGAUAUUAAUGUUAAAUUAAAUCUUUGUUUAAUUGUUGACUAA